CAGGUGCUGCUAUGGAAAGCCUCAUAUGGACCCUCUUUCCCAGGAGCGAGCUUGAUUAAGCCGUCCACAAGUAGUUGUGUCUUUUGUUCAACGUUGGGUUCCGGUGAGGAAUUAAUGACCGACUCAAACAAUUCGAGAAUAUCCCAAUGAUUUUCACUGAGUAAAUAAGGUUCUUCUUCGUCCUUGAAACUUGACCUGCUACAUGAUCUAGGUAGGUAUACUACUACCAGACAUACCUAGUUAUGUAGUAUCGAUAUUGAAUUAACCGCCGAUGCUCGCGCUUAGAGACAUCCCUCACUUCACUUCGCACGCGACGACCAUGAAUAGCAUACUACUGGGUAUAUUGGCUAUCAGCAUGAAAUAUCACAAGAAUCAAGCGACCAUGCCUUGCUACACGGCGUUCUUGCUUUUCACUGUUUCGUUUUUUUUUUGUUCUUAAUCACGUGCCUGCGUAGAGGACCAUCCUCAUGCAUGCUGGCCAUGCUCGCGCUCGCUCAUAAUCAAGUUUUGCCAUCAUUAUUGCGUCGAAAAUUCGUUGCCCUUGAGUACCUAGUGAUAUCGGGUAGACACCAUAUAUGAGAGGAUAGGAGGCUAGAAGUAGAAAAACUAAGCACUCAGAUGCGAAAUUCUUGCCAACGCCAAAAAUUGUGUGUCGCUAUAUAGGGGAGUUUCAGUAAUAGGGGGUUGAUGUAACC